AUGCCCACUCUCAAUUCCUCUAAGGUGGAGAUCACCACCUUCUUCCUGAUUGGAAUCCCAGGACUGGAGCAUGUUCACAUAUGGAUCUCUAUCCCCAUCUGCCUCAUGUACCUGGUGGCCAUCCUUGGCAAUUGCACCAUACUCUUCGUGAUUGGGACAGAGCCCUCACUCCAUGCACCCAUGUACUAUUUCCUUUCCAUGUUGGCUGUCUCUGACCUGGGACUGUCCCUCUCAUCCCUCCCCACUAUGCUGCGGAUCUUUGCUCUCAAUGCUACAGGAAUUUCCCCAAAUGCCUGCUUUGCUCAAGAAUUCUUUAUCCAUGGAUUCACAGAUCUGGAGUCCUCAGUGCUCCUGGUCAUGUCUUUUGAUCGCUUUUUGGCCAUCUGCAACCCUCUGAGAUACAGCUCCAUCCUCCCCAAUGCCAGAGUGGCCAAAAUAGGUGUGGCGUUUCUCAUCAAAAGCAUUCUCUUAGUGCUCCCAUUUCCUUUCACUCUCAAAAGAUUGACCUAUUGUAGGAAGAGCCUACUUUCUCACUCUUACUGUCGCCAUCAAGAUGUCAUGAAGCUUGCCUGCUCUGACAACACAUUCAACUUUUUCUAUGGCUUCUUUGUUGUUCUCUGUAUGAUGACAGACAGUGUGUUCAUUGCUGUGUUCUACAUAUUCAUCCUGAAGACUGUGAUGGGAAUUGGAUCCCACAAGGAGCGGCUCAAAGCCCUCAACACCUGUGUCUCCCACAUCUGUGCUGUGCUCAUCUUCUAUGUGCCCAUCAUAGCUUUGGCUUCCAUGCACCGCUUUGGCAAGCUCAAGUCCCCAUUGGCCAUGAUCCUCAUUGCUGACAUUUUCUUGCUAGUGCCACCUCUGAUGAAUCCCAUUGUCUACUGUGUGAAGACACAGCAAAUUCGUGAGAAGGUUCUGGGGAAAUUUGGUCUAAAUUAA